CCCUCCUUCUGUGUGUCAUGGAUUGGUAAACGGCAACUCGACAGGUCUCGCUUCUCAACGACCUGCGGCGAUCGAACUAACCUUUCUAGACGUUUUUGCUGGAUUCAAACACGUCUAGUACCCUUAAUUGCACCCUGCUCCGCUGUGUCCAUCCUCUCCCUCGGAUCAAAGGCUCGCGUGCGACCGUGGUUGGCGACCUAUGGUGGGCGUUUCUGCCGUUUCGACCAUGUCGAACAAGAUGCCCCCUCAGAGAUUGCCCAAAUCAUCACAGUCACGCAUGUCCCUGUCAGACUCGUCAACUCGGGAUCACAAUGACAGCUCUAGCUCUGGAGCCGAACUGCCAUUACGGACAGUCCUACGCAAAAACGCCUCGAACGCUUCGGUUGCUCGCUCCCAGACGUACGAUUCACAGGCCGGGAGUACGGCUGGUGUCACCGGAACCAGGAGGAGAAAGUCCAUUCUCGAGCGUGGUUCAACGUUCGGCUCCCGAGAUGUGGAUUCUGCUCGACGGGUUCCAUCGAGCACCUUUGGUAACCCAAUGCGGUCCAGCAAUACCUCCUUAGAUUCCGGCAAUCCUCCGUCGCGAACUCAGUCAAAUGCAGGUAGCUCAACGGUGAACGAAGAAAAUGAGACACUAUCGGAAAAUGGGGAGUUCCUCGUUCCAGUUAAUUUUGAUGAUUUCCACAACAGCAUCACGUCAAAAGAGCCUAGUUUGAGCCAUUUUCCGUUGCCUGGUCGUGGUGCGGCUGGUUACGAGGGUACGGUAGCCAUCCCAAAACCUACGAAUCGCUGGACAACGGGUCCUUCUGUUCAGACUGCAAAAGAGCCGCGACCAGCAGGUGUGACUCGGCGUCUUAGCAAUGCUACGCGCUCCGGUCAGACUUCGGCGGGAUCAAAACCUGCUCCGUCAUCUGUAUCCUCGACAGGGAGAGCAAGACGCCAGAGUUACGUUCCCCCCGUACCAACCAGCAUGGUCGCUCCUCGGCGACCUCGAAAAUCGAUAGGGCCUGGAAGUUUGGUAUCAGACAAUGGCGAGAGCCUUGCCCCUCCUAUGAGAAGGCCGAGCUUUUCGAGAAAGAAAACAAUGGAAGAGAAUCGGGUGAUGCCAAAUGCUGCAUCCCGCAACUCCCACCAAGAGACGUCGGAUUCCGCCUUCAAUUCAGCAGCGCUACAUGCAGUUCGCAGCCAGAAGGCAAGAUCGCUGCAACCACCAAGCCACACCGUGCGGGAUAAUGCGACGACGAGCCCGACUAUAGGGGACCAUUCUCGAUCUUCGAGCCAUGUGAUCCGCACACCUGUGAAAGGUGCAAUCGUCAAGCUGACCACCCCAUCUUCGUCUAAGAGGAUUUCGAUCAUGCCACCGCAUGCCACUGGAUUAGGCGCGCGAACUAUCAGCCCAACAGAUGCACGGCGCAUGAAGAGGAUGUCGCUUAUUCCACACCCACCUCCCUUACCCCGAACCUCUCCCACACAUCUCGAUCUCGGUUUUCCCCGUCCACGAUCUUCAGCUCCAUCCCCUUCAGCAAUACCCAGGAAAAGCGUGACGCCGUCAUCCACCAGGACAACUCCAGACCCGCAUCGCAAAUCGUACGGCUCUGGCAUAUCCCUAUCGUCUAGCACAAGCUAUAAUUCUGCGCGCAACUCCAGCGGUUCCUUCCAAGCACGUCUUUCGCAAAACGUUUCUUCUUCUCGACUCCCUACACCUAAACCUAGAACGGAUAAUAAUAAUAAUAGGAACACAGAAGACGACGUCCCUCCGGUGCCCGCUAUUCCCAAACUAUACGAGUCGCCCAAGAAUGAGCAUCAUCUAUCAUUCAUUUCCCGAAAAUCUAGCUUACCGCUAGAGGUUCCAAACUUUGCUGAUAUGUCAAAGUUGGAUUCGGACUCCAGCUCCAGCCGUCCUGGGGAUGGUGUCCAUGUCUCCAAGCGAACGCUUGCCGAAACUCCCGCCAAGGAGACGAAACAGAGGCCACCGGUCAAUCUCAGCAAAAAGAAUCUCCAGCCAUUGAAGCUUCCUCCUCUUAAUUUACUCCCCCUUAGUGUUCCUAUAAAUACCAAAAUCGAUGCGUUGCGCGAAAAGGCAUCCCAGGACUUGGCGCCUCAGGUAGCGGCAACGCCUCCCCGUCAGAUCAACGCAAAAACGCCCAGUACACCGAUGACAGCAUCAAAAGCUAGCUUCUUUAAUGAAAUCCCUCCCGGUGAUCCGGGACGUUGCAACACAUCACAUUUUGCUCUCAGAACGGAUUUUGCAAAGUUUCGAGCCGAGAAUAGUUCCAGUGCCUUCGAUACGUUGGAGUUUUCAUCCUCAAGGAACAUUUCUCCUUACAUCUCGUCUUCCCUUCCUCGAGGUGGUGACGAACCUGGAUUUGUACGCAACCAAAUAUCGGACUCAUAUUCGAAACCUACGCCUAGCAAGCUCAUCGGUCCGCGGCCACAAACUCAGAUCUCGUCGCUCUCUAACACAGAUCUGUUUGCCUUUGGUCUCACGCCUGAUGAUGCUGAAACGGAAAUAAGCUUUCCCCCUCCCUCCCCGCGGAGGGCAGAUGAUAGAGUUCACUCCAAAAUGCAAAUUAUCUCCGACCCUUCCAUGGAUCCUGUCAAAUAUGAUAGUAUGCCACCGCCCAAACUUCCCGCGUCUGCGACGUGGAACAACCUUUCCACCACGCGAGUAAGCCCAACUUCGAAACAGGCUCAACUUAAAUCGAAGAGAAGUACAUCGAUUUCUAAUUUGGUAAAUGUGCCGUCACCACGGAGGAACCAAAGCAUUAGUAGCGAGCAGGGCCUUGCCAAGAAUCCAAGCCUGACCAUUGAUUCUGGUGAUACGGAGGCAUCAGGUAACAAGCCGAAUUCGUCAAUCCUGUCACCUGUGCAUAAGCUUCUGGCCGGAUCGAAACCGUCGCCAACUCCCAAACCUCGUCUUCAAGAUCAGACCGGCGAUCGAGAUGAUGCUGCUGCUGAAGAAGAGAUGCGCAAACUUGGUAGCAAGCGAAAGGACUUUGAGGUUGCAGCACGGGAGCUGGAGGAUCUCCGUCGCCGAGCGAGCCCGAAGGAGCGGGCGUCUGCUGCCCAAGCUCUAAAAGUUGCGAAUCUUAAUAUUUUUGAAAGAGGAGAGAUUAUCGAUUUCAAAGACAUCUACUUCUGUGGCACUCACAAAGCCAAAAAGCUUGUUGGUGAUCUAAAUGCGUCGACUGGCAAUUUCGGCUAUGAUGAUGAUCGUGGUGAUUACAACAUCGUGAUAGGAGACCACCUCGCUUAUCGAUAUGAAAUUAUAGACGUCCUUGGAAAGGGAAGCUUCGGGCAGGUUGUUAGAUGUGUGGACCACAAGACGGGCACGCUUGUUGCGGUGAAGAUCAUCCGAAACAAAAAGAGAUUCCAUCAGCAGGCUCUUGUCGAAGUUAAUAUUUUACAGAAGCUGAAAGAAUGGGACCCAAACCGUCGCCAUAGCGUCGUAAACUUUGUCCAAAGCUUUUACUUCCGUGGCCAUCUUUGCAUAUCUACCGAGCUGCUGGGAAUGAAUUUAUAUGAAUUCAUCAAGGCACACGAGUUCCGUGGCUUCUCGCUGAAAUUGAUUCGACGGUUCACAAAGCAGAUCUUGAGUACACUUGUCCUUCUUCACAACAAGAGGGUUGUCCAUUGUGAUUUGAAGCCGGAGAAUAUUCUGCUGGUUAACCCUCUCCAAACCGGAAUCAGGGUCAUCGACUUCGGCUCGAGUUGUUUUGAGAACGAAAAAGUGUACACUUACAUCCAGAGCCGCUUCUAUCGCUCCCCAGAAGUGAUUUUAGGCAUGUCCUACGGCAUGCCCAUUGACAUGUGGAGUCUUGGUUGUAUCUUGGCUGAACUAUACACGGGCUAUCCUCUCUUCCCCGGAGAAAACGAGCAAGAGCAGCUGGCAUGUAUUAUGGAAGUCUUUGGCCCUCCAGAGAAGCAUCUCAUCGAAAAAAGCACUCGACGAAAACUCUUCUUUGACUCUACCGGCAAACCCCGCGAUGUCGUUUCAUCCAAAGGCCGUCGGAGAAAGCCAAGUUCCAAGAGUCUCCGCCAUGUGCUAAAAUGCGACGAUGCCGCGUUCCUCGAUUUCCUAGCACGAUGUCUCCGAUGGGACCCAGCGCGUCGCCUCAAUCCACACGAUGCGAUGAACCACGAGUUUAUUACUGGCAUGAAGUUCAAUCCCCGUGCAAGGUUGCACUUAACGUCCAUGGGUCAUUCUCCCGCAAAAAGACAUACAUCGGGUUCAACGCCAGGCGUACGCCCUCUUCCGGAACCACCGUCGAAGCGAGGAGCGGCAAGGAAUUCUUCCAAUAAUUCUCCCGUUAGACCCGGCGUUGUAAAACGUCAGACGGUACAAAACGUCACCUCCACGCCGGCGACAAAACGGACUUCCAACCCUCCUCCCGCGGCCGGUUCUGCCCUCCCGAGAGCUGCAGGCAGAAGUGCGAGUGGGAAGCCAGAUCUGGCUGCAGCUGCGGCUGCAACUAGUUUGAAGACUAGAGUUUAGUGAGCAUUUAUUUUCCAGACCUUUGUCUAGAAAGAUAAUACACGCCUGCUCUUCCCCUAGAGUGAUAAACGAUACCCUCUGGUCAUAUAUCCCCUUUUGAAUAUUCAGUUCAUACCCUUCAGCUGUCUUUGUCUUCAUCACAUCAAGGUUAAAGUGUGUUCUCGUUCUAAGGCUUUUAAUGUGUGCAUUUUCAUGGUUCUGGGGGUCGUCUUAUGAUGGUAUAACUUUAGGCUUGUCUUUUGAGCCAGCUUUAAAUGAAAUCUCCUUGAGGGCCUCCCUUUCUUUGUUUUUUCUUCCCCCUUCUUGUUGCUUUCCUCCUCUUUUGUGUCUCCUUUGUUAUGCUCAUGCUCUCCAUCAUAUAUGUCACCAAUUUAACAUGCCCAGUUGAUGUUUUUUCAGCCACUCUGUUCGCUUCUAGAUUCCUUAUACUUUUUCUUUUUAAUUCCCUAAACUUGCCCUUAGACCGUGUCUCCUUUUCUUUUAAUUUCUGACACGCCCCUUGAAAUUACGCUUCUCCCACCCACUACAUUCGUUUUGAAAUUCCUUUCCUGUCAAUAUCUCUUAGACGGUAAUUAUUUUAAUCCUAUGGCAUUGAUAUUGCC